GCGAGUGAAGAAGAUAUACGCUACAAUACUUACAUUGUCGGAGAAGGAAUAAAAAAUUGGUUCAGUUCACGUUUCAACAUUCAACUACAGUUUCAAUUAAGCAUUUGGUUUUGCUCAAAUUCAACAUUGAGAGAUGGAGAUCGAGCUCAAUGACUUGAUCACCGAUCUUCAAUCUCUCAAUCAAUCCCUUCCAGAUCCAUCUUUUCGCGAUGCCUUCCUUAAGGGACAGCCGAAAGAGAAUCCAUUUAUAAUGAGGGAGCAAUCUGAGAACAAGAGCAAGAGUGCCAAGCCUAAAACAGGCAUAAAGGAGAAGAAGAAAAGUGAGUUUGAGUUCUGCAAGGUUUGCAAAAUAAAUCAUGACCAAGGUCUUCGCCACAAGUAUUUCCCUAAGCACAAACAAUCCCUUUCCACCUUCCUCUCUCGCUUCAAAAACAAACUCUCCGAUGUUCGCUUCUUCCUCAAAACACCUUCUCCUCUUACUCCUCAACUUGCUUCCGGCAAUCGCUUCUGGUGUGUUUUCUGUGACCAAGAUAUCGAUGAGCACUCCAGUUCUUUUGCCUGUGAAAAUGCGAUUCGUCACCUAGCAAGUGUAGAACAUGUGAAUAAUUUGAAGCACUUCUUUUGGAAAUAUGGUGGCACAGUGGAUCAGCUGGAUGUGUUUACAGUUUCUCAUAAUGACGUUGCAAAGUGGGACAAGAGGUGCGCAAACCUUAAAAAAGAAGCUUCAUUGCAAAGUGAGGAAAGUCCUGGAGCAGUUUUUGGACCUUCAAGUGAUAUCCAUAAUCAAUCGAACAAUGAAAAUAUUGAUAGUUUUAAAAAUAAUAUUUAUUCCAAUUCUGUGAACUCGAAUGUUGUUUUGCCUUUACACUGCUACACAAAUGAGUAUCAGGUAUCCUCUUCAGGUCACUCUGGAGUUGGAAAUACCGGCCUUUUAGAUAUUGGUAAAUCUUCUUUACCUUCGGAAGCAUGCUCCAGUGCGAAUACCCUUGCUUUGCAGGAUUUUGCAGCUGAACGGAGAAGUCACAAACUCCCUUAUAAUAGUGGACAAUGGUCAAGUGAUGGAUACUCAUGUAAUAAAGCGCAGGUUCUUGAUAAUGGUAAAGUGGUCAGCGGAGAGAGUGGUCCGCAAGGUAUACAAAUGCCCACUCGGAUUUCUUUUGUGCCUGCUGAAAAUGGUGGUGGAAAUGUUCAUUCUGGAGCACCUCCGCCUUGGUUUGAAACAACUGAGGGAGUUCAGAUGCAUCCGAAGCCUGUUUUAGGAGACCUUGUCUCCCAUUCAAACAAGUCAGGGAAGCACAAAAAGUUGAAUCCUAAACGCGUUGGAGCUGCUUGGGCAGAAAAGAGAAAGAUUGAAAUGGAGAUGGAAAAGAGGGGAGAGACUGUGAGGAACGAAUGUGAUGCCAGCUGGUUUCCUAAUUUUGGUAGAGUCUGGCAAUCUGGCAGCAGAAGAGAAUCCAGAAAAGAAUUUGAAAAGGAGAAACAAGAGUUGUCAAAUGUUGAAGCUCAACCUGAGAUGCCAAUCAAGAUACAACCUUAUGUUAGCAAAAGAAUGCGGAUGGAUAAUGGUGGCGAUUAAUGACUAUGCAAGUGGGUGAAAUUUCUGGCGGCAAACAUGUUCGGGGAAUCAGCUUUAAUGUAUAUACGCAUUUCAGCAUCUUUAACAUUGGAGACUUGAUGGAACUAACACAAUGAAACAUUGUGAGUUCAUGUUGAUCCUAAGGGGAAAACUGCAGUCAUUGUAUAGCAUUGACCCACAACCACAACAAUGGAUCAGUAAAACAUGUACACUCAUUAAGCAAUGGGUGAGGGUUGUUGGUCUGCAUCAAUGAUUGUGAUAAUAGGGAAUCCAUUGUACAUUUCAUGUUAUCGUUUCUAUCCGUUACCAACUAGUUUGACUACAAGGUUAUAGUUGCCUAUAAAUGACCUGCAAUAGGUCCGACUGUUGUCUGAAUCAUGCCAUGAUGGUAGCUUUAUAGCACCAGAGGUUGAUCGGCACAACGUAUGUGCAAUUACUGAAUGUUUCAUUUUUGCCAAACAGUGUGACUUUGAUCAUAGGACAAUGUGUUCAUAGUAGUAUACAAAAUACUGAGCUUGAGAAAUUAAACUGCACUUAUCUCUCUUUAAAGAUGUUCUUUUUUUGGGCA